AUGCUGAGUGAUUCGGAUAUAGAUUCCCUGACUAACCAUCUUGGAGCCUUGUCAAAGGAAAACCAAAAGCACCACGACACUCUCCAAGAUGUGCUGGAGCAGUUCAAGCACCUCCUGGAGGACUACAGCUCCCUCAAAAGUGACUAUGAAGAGGUGAAGGAAGGCCGAGAGAAAUACAAAAAGCUAGCUCGUGGUCAGGACCGCAACCCAUUCGUCCUGGUGCUCGUUGACGGUGAUGGAUACCUUUUCAAAGAGCAUUUCAUCAAAGCCGGUGCGGAAGGUGGCAUUAACGCAGCCCGCGAACUGAGCGACUCGGUCAGAGAGCUCAUGCAUUCUACAAUGGGAAUACAAGCUGAUCAAUGCCGAAUCAUGGUUCGCGUCUACGCCAAUAUGCUUGGCUUGUCGAAGACCCUCGCUCGAGCCGGUCUAUGUGGUCACGAAGCACGAUCCCUAGCACCCUUCACCUCAGCUUUCAACCGUGCUCAAGAUCUCUUUGAUUUUGUUGAUGCGGCCGAAAAGAAAGAGGGUAGCGAUUUCAAAAUCAGAGAAAUGUUCCGACUUUUCGCGGACUCCAAUCAGUGCCGGCAUAUCUACUUUGCGGGCUGCCACGAUACUGGAUUUGGCUCUUUGUUGACCCCAUAUAGGGGCAGAAGUGAUCGCAUCACACUCAUCAGGGCUGCUUCCUUCCACCGCGAAUUCGAAGAUCUGGGCUUACCGAUCAGAGAGCUGCCAUCGGUGUUUAAGUCUACACCUAUUGCUAGCACCAAACCAACUACUACUACUGUCAACACUAAGGUGGCUUCUCUCACGAAUGGCAAUGGCAGCACUAAGCCGAUUUGCAAACAUUACCAAAAGGGUAUCUGCAAGUACGGUAAUUCGUGCAUCAAGCAGCACGUCAUGCCUGGUCAAACCUUGGCUGCUAAGCCGGCGGAUGAAUCGCCAACCAAAUCGUGGUCUACUCCAACUAUCGUGGGCCGCUCGCAGGAGUUCCUUUUCACCCACCUGCCUCCAAAGAGCCUCAAAUCGGAGGAGUUCAUUGCCGUCAAUAAGGAUGGCGAACGUAUCGACACCUAUUGUCCCCACCCCUCCACGGAUGCCAUGGACGAAUAUCACCAUCGUGCCAAAGAGCACAAAGUCUGCAACAGUUACCACCUUUCAGGGGAAUGUGGCGACAUGAGUUGCCAAUAUGAUCAUAGUGAUGUCUCUGACACCGUUAUCGAGGUACUCAGAUACAUUUUGCUUCAACACCCUUGCCCUCGAGCUGGGGCUUGCCGGUCCAUGAAAUGUUACAUGGGCCAUCUAUGCCAGAAGCCAAACUGCAAGGCCGUGAAGAGCUGGCAGUGUCGCUUCAAUCACCGUGCCCACAGCCUUGAUAUCCAGGUCGCUCAGUGGGUUGUGCCAGUCGAACAGUCCGAGGGGGAACAGUCCUCGUUGAGCGGCGACUCAUUCGAAGGGACCACCUCUCCGAGCAACACCAACUUCAGCUAA